AUGGCAGACAUAGUCGUCAAAAAUGAGGCUCUUGAUGCUCCUCAUCUCCAUGAUCUAGAUAUAGAUCGCAAGAGAAAAUCCAAGUCCCCUGCUUUGAUGGAUGUCAAGAGGAGUAAGCUUGACAGCCAUAGUGAUGAUGUUGAGACCUCAGAGGACAUCGCCAAACAAUACAAGAAGUACCAGAACGCUCCUAAAUUUAACCUCAACUCAGAAGAGCUUUUCUGUAUUUGCAGAAGACCAGAUCACGGUGGAGAACUUAUGAUAGGAUGUGACGGCUGCGAGGAAUGGUUCCACUUUACGUGUAUGAAGAUGAGCCAGAGCUACCAGCUGUUGAUCGAUAAGUUUUACUGCAAGUUCUGUCAGUGGCAGGGAAAGGGACUUACUCGUUAUAACAAGGUUUGCAGGCUACCUGGGUGCAUGAAUCCUAUCAGAUCAGAGCAGAGGUCAAAGUACUGUUCAGAAGAAUGUGGUCUCAAGUAUAUGACGAGAUUUCUCGAGGAGCUGGAAUCCUUGAGCAAGGAGGGGAUCAAGUUUGCAUUAACACACUGUAAGACUCGGGAAGAGCUUGCCAGUUUAGGCGCCACGUUCCCAGAGUUGCCUGAAAUCGCUGACAAGAAUGUGGAGAAGCUACCUGAGGAGAUUCAGCUUCAACUUCGAACUAUUGAAGGCAAAAUGAAGAACAUUGAAAAGAACAUAGAGUACAUUACUGCCCAGCAGAAGUAUCUCUCGUUACGCAAGGAUAUCAUCAAGCGCAUAAAUGAGAGUCUUCAAGAGAGCGCUGAAAAGAAGUCACUGGAAGAGGCCGAGGAUGAGUCAGCGUCCAAGAAGAAGAAAAAGAAGUCGAAGGUUGCCAAGUUUGACCUCUGUUGUUUUGAUUCAUCCCUUCAUGAUGAGAAGCUGCUCGAGUUUUAUGUCUCUGGUGUGGAAGAUUCUGAGGGAACGGUCAAGAAGACCGUUGAAAACGUCAUUGACAUCUAUAACAAGCAAGAAGAGGAGGAUGUUGAUACACUGGUCUGCCUCCAGGAUAGAAGGAAAUGCUUAAGACACAAUGGCUGGUGGAAUUUGAUGGCUGAUGAACUUUGGAAACGUCUGACAGAGCUCCAAGAGUCACUUGCUAUCUUGGAGAAUGAGAAACAAGACACUGUGAGAGACUACAGCAUACAAGUUUACGAAAAGGACUCAUAA